AUGGGUAUUACUUCGGCGGAAGUUGAUCAGAACCUAAGGAAAAAAGGGGACAAUGAAUGUAUCCCGUGGAGUUUUCUACGUAGUUAUAUCAUGAAGCAACGGGACACCGAGCAAGGACAGCUUGUGAUGGCCUUGGGAAUUUAUGGGCUAGUGAUCUUCCCCAAAGUUUUGGGACAUAUAGAAGUCGGAAUUAUAGACUUCUUCGAGCAAGUCGUCAACAAGGCCAAUCCUUCGCCUUCUAUUCUAGCGGAAACUCUCAGAUCACUGAAUUACUGUCGAAGAAAAGGUGAGGGACGAUUUGUGGGAUGUGCACAGCUUCUUUCCAUCUGGAUAGUGAGCCACUUUGAAUGCAAGGUCGAUAAGUUCAGAAAGCCAUUUCAUCCGCAAACCGCCCCUAUCAGAGAAUUUUGUGAGAGUGAAUGGCCAGAAAAUAGGACUAAGGAACAAUGGAUCUCUAGACUUCGAGAACUCAUGAGUGUGGAAGUGACAUGGAGAGCUCCGUGGAUGCCGCAUCACCCGGUCUUGUACAAAUGUGGAAAUGAACCUUGGGUACCGUUAAUGGGGCCAUGGGGAGCAAUCAGUUACGCCCCAAUUAUGGUGAGAAGACAAUUUGGGUCAGAACAGUUUGUACCGAUGACACACCGACUUAAUACUUUAGAGUUUGCUUAUGGAGAGCCGGGUUUUCUGAAAAGGAUCGAGGAAAUUGCGCAAGCUUGGAAGAAAACUAGCCGAGUUGAUCAAGGGAGGUACACCGAUGAAGUGACUACCGGAUAUCAGAUAUGGCAUGACCAACGAGUUAAGGAUGUGGUAUAUCCGAAAGAAGAUGCACUACGUGGCCCAGUUGAUCCAGAACCACGAGACGCUUUGCUCGAAAGUGAGUUGGCUCGAAAGAAGUCCGAAGCUGAAAAUGCCAGUUGGAAGCAACGGUAUGAAGACCUCCAAAAAGAGUGUGAGAAAAUGAAAAGAGAAGUAAGUGAGCAAAGAAAGAAAGUCCGAAAAAUGGAAGGGAAGUAUGAGAGCCUGAAUGAUAAGUUUUUUGCCACAACCAGUGAACUUCAAAGGGAAAUACAGGUAAGAGAAAAUCGAGACAAUGAACUUCAAACGCACAAUGAUGGGCUAAGAAGACAAGUGCGAUUCCAACAAGAGUCCAUCCAAUUACUAAGACAGGAGUAUGAAGAGCUCGAAGGGGUCAUGACGACUUAUCAACAGGAAUAUGAACGCCUCAAGCAACAGAGCACCAGAAUCCAAGAAUGGGGUGAAUCUUACAGACAAGCUUAUACAGAGAAGUACAACCAGAUGGAUUACUUGGUUUGGCAAAUGAGGGAGGUGGCUUACAAGGAAGAAAUGAGAGAACAGUUAGCAAAGAUGAUGGAAUUGAUGAUGAGUCUCAGUAAAGGAAAAAGAGCGAUCGAAGAGCCAGCUCCGUCAGAAAACCCACCAGCACAAGACAGUGGAAACCAAAGGGAAGAUCCACCCUAUCCCCCAGGGUUCACUCCACCACAUGCCCAAACCUCUCAAAGGGUCCACCCUCAAGUGAUCCCACCCGUCUAUUACAAUGCACCACCCCCGCUAGGCCAUCAACCGAUUCAUGGGCAAUUUGGGCCAUAUUCUAGGAUAAAUCCUGCUGAACCAAUAAAUGUCCCAGAUUUAGACGAUCCAAAAGAGCAAGAAAAACUAAGAAAGGACUCGUCACAAACAGGGGAAAAUGAAAAAGACCAGAAAAAGUAUGAUCUGUUGGAAGAACGUCUUCGUGCUAUCGAGGGAGUUGAUAGGUUUGGUACCAUGGACGCAACUGAGCUAUGCUUAGUGCCGGAUGUAUUAAUCCCUGCCAAGUUCAAGGUUCCGAAAUUUGAGAAAUACGACGGAACAAAAUGUCCCAUGGCACAUAUUACUAUGUAUUGUCGGAAGAUGGCGGCACAGUCUCACGAUGAUAAGUUACUGAUCCAUUUUUUCCAAGACAGCUUGACUCGGUCAGCUGCUCAGUGGUACGUACAGCUAGAUCGAAACCGUAUUAAGACUUGGAAAGACUUAGCAAGAGCCUUCAUAGCCCAAUACAAGCAUGUGGCUGAAUUAGCCCCUGAUCGUUUGUCAUUACAAACUAUGGAGAAGAAGCAAAGCGAGAACUUCAAGGAAUAUGCCCAAAGGUGGAGAGAUACAGCAGCGCAAGUUCAGCCACCUCUCACUGAUAAGGAGAUGACUGUUUUGUUCAUAAAUACCCUCCGAGCUCCAUUCUACGAGCGCUUGAUCGGCAAUGCCACGAAAAACUUUGCAGAUUUGGUCUUAUCGGGAGAAAUAAUAGAAGGAGCUAUCAAAAGCGGAAAAAUUGAAGGGCAUGAAGUUGCCAGCUCAAAGAAAGGGAGUACGCCCAAGAAGAAAGAAGGGGAUGUGCAAGCAGUCGCUCACGACAGCCAACAAGCCCACAACUUUAACCCAUAUUACCCGUACCCUCCAUACCAACCCUUCUAUCCGCACAUAGGCAACGUCACACAAAACCCAUAUGUGUACCAACCCGUCCCGCAACCAACAUUUCAAACCAAUGUUCUUCCACAAACUCCACCACCAAGGCCGAUAGCUUCAACCAAUAAUCCUGGCCAUGGUCAAAGAGGACCUAAAACUACCCCAGAAAGACCAAAAUUUGAUCCUAUUCCAGUCCCUUACACUACAUUGCUGCCACAACUCAUAGAAAAUCGACUCCUUGCUCGAACCCCUUUAGAACCACUCCGACCACCUUUCCCGAAAUGGUAUGAUCCGAAUGCGCAUUGUGAUUACCAUUUUGGAAUUCAAGGGCACUCUACCGAGAAUUGUACUGUUUUAAAACAUAAAGUUCAAGCGCUCAUUAAGGCAGGACUUUUAAAUUUUGCCAAAAAAGACAGUUCGGGUGUUGAUGGGAACCCGUUACCUAAUCAUGGAAGACCGACUGUGAAUGCCAUACAUGAAGGGAUGAUUCGAAGGGUGAAAAAGGGUAUUGAUGAGAUUCAAACGUUGAUGGAUAAAGUGUUUGAGGCGUUGUCCAAGAUAAAUGCCAUCACUCCAGAACCCAUCGACACAAAGGAAUUGGGGCAUGAUUUCGCUUAUUCUUGCAAAUUUCAUAUGGGGGCAAUUGGGCAUUCUAUUCAAAAUUGUGAUGGCUUUCGUCGUAAGUUGCAAGAAUUGAUGGAUUCAUCGGUAAUUGAGUUUUAUGAAGGAGCUGAAGAGAAUUUGGUCGGAACCAUAAAUGGAGACACCCCAGCUGAAGUGGCAUCAAGUUCAUUCGGGGCAAACAAACCUAAACCUCUCACCAUCUUCUAUGAAGAAAACAAAAGCCCGAUGAAUGACACAUCCCCAACUAUGAUCAGAAAUGGUAUCACCAUCGAAGUCCCCAGCCCAUUCCCUUACAAGAGCGAUAAGGCUGUCCCAUGGAAUUAUGAGUGUAAUAUUUUGGGCACAGCUUCAUCCGCCCCCCAAGCAUCUUUUGAAGACCUAACUGGUGUGGGGGGUAUAACGCGAAGCGGGCGAUGUUAUUCCCCUGAGGUAGCAGAAAACGUUGGAAAAGGAAAACCAGCACAGGGAGAGGGAGGCCUAAAGAAAGCAGAUACCUUUUCCAAGGACCAAGUUGACGAAUCCGUAGUUGCCCCGAACAAUGAGGUCAAAAAUCCUGUCACCGAGAAAGAAGCGGGUGAAUUUCUCAAGUUUAUCAAACACAGUGAAUACAGUGUGGUAGAACAAUUAACCAAGAUGCCCGCUCGCAUCUCGUUGUUGUCUUUACUGUUGAAUUCGGAAGCACACAGGAACGCACUGCUCAAAGUCUUGAACCAAGCUUAUGUGGCACAAGAUAUAUCAGUGGAAAAGUUAGACCACAUCGUGGGGAACAUUACAGUGGGAAACUUCAUUGCCUUUAAUGAUGAAGAAAUACCAUCGGGUGGUCGAGGAAGUAACAAAGCGCUGCACAUUACCAUCAAAUGCAAGGACCAUGCCGUACCUAGGGUCUUGGUCGAUAAUGGUUCCGCUUUAAAUGUCAUGCCUCGCUCUACUUUAACCAAGUUGCCAGUAGAUGUGUCGUAUAUGAGAACCAGCCGCAUGGUUGUAAGGGCUUUCGACGGGACCACAAGGGAGGUGGUAGGAGACAUUGAACUACCGAUAAAAAUUGGCCCUUGCAUUUUUGAGGUCCAAUUUCAAGUCAUGGACAUUGCCCCGUCCUACAAUUGCUUGUUAGGGCGUCCAUGGAUUCAUAUGGCUGGAGCCAUACCAUCUUCCCUUCACCAAAAGGUUAAGUUCAUAGCUGAAGGCCAACUGAUAAGUGUAUGUGCGGAAGAAGACAUACUGGCUAUUCAACCAUCAUCUGCUCCCUAUGUAGAGGCAACAGAAGAAGUCCCAGAAUGCUCUUUCAGAUCUUUUGAAUUUGUUAAUGCUACUUAUGUGGGGGAAAGGAAAGUGAUACCGACCCCUCGUUUGUCAGUAGCCACUAAAAUGGGAGUUAAGCAGACUGUGGGUAAAGGAUGCCGUGCUGGUUUGGGGUUAGGAAAGAAUUUACAAGGAAUUAACCGUCCUCUGACUCCAAUGAAGAACGAAGAAAGGUUUGGUUUGGGGUACAAGCCUACCAAAGAAGAGAGAAGGAAACUGACAGCUCAAAAGAAGAUUAAAAGGAUGGCUCAACUUGAGGGAAAGGAAGAAGAAUUCGGGGAACGGACAAUCCCACACCUAUAUGAGACUUUUCGCUCUGCAGGUUUCAUUCAUCCCGAAGCGCCACCAAAGGUCAAUCAGGUUCUACGGAUAUUUGAUGAGCUAUCAAUCCAUAUGAUCAGAGAUGAAGAACCUGAUGAGAAGAUCCCUGUGGUGUAUCCAGUACUGCCAGGAGAGGAGCUAAGCAAUUGGACAGCCACGGAACUGCCCAUCAUCUUUAAGUCUUCCAAAAUGUCUUUAAAUAAUGAAUACGAAGACAAUCUAGACAACGAUUUGAAUAUCGAUUUUGAGAUGUUUCCGAACGUUGAUGAAUUGAAAAAUGAAGAGGAGGUGGAUGACUAUGGCUUACCCCCUGAUUUGUCGAGAAUGCUGGAACAGGAGGAAAAUGAGAUUUUACCUCAUCAGGAACUCACAGAAAUGAUUAACCUCGGAAAUGGGGAAGAGAAGAAAGAGGUUAAGAUUGGCACCUCGCUGCCAUCCGAUGAACGACAGAAGCUAGAAGAAUUGCUCCGUGAAUAUGUGGACGUGUUUGCGUGGUCAUAUCAGGACAUGCCAGGUCUUAAUACUGACAUUGUUGUCCACAAGUUACCUAUGGGACCAGAUUGCAAGCCUAUUAAACAGAAGUUGAGAAGGAUGAAGCCAGAAAUGUUGCUGAAGAUUAAAGAGGAAGUAAAAAAGCAAUUCGAUGCUGGAUUUUUAGAGGUGGCUAAGUACCCUGAAUGGGUGGCUAAUAUAGUUCCAGUUCCUAAGAAGGAUGGAAAAGUCCGAAUGUGCGACGAUUAUAGGGAUUUGAACAGAGCGAGUCCGAAGGAUAGUUUCCCUUUGCCACAUAUUGAUACUAUUGUGGACAACACAGCAAAACAUGCUUUGUUCUCAUUCAUGGAUGGCUUUUCUGGUUACAAUCAGAUUAAGAUGGCACCCGAAGAUAUGGAAAAAACAACGUUCGUGACCAUGUGGGGAACGUUUUGUUACAAAGUAAUGCCAUUUGGAUUGAAGAAUGCAGGCGCCACCUACCAAAGGGCAAUGGUAGCUUUAUUUCACGAUAUGAUGCAUAAAGAGAUAGAGGUAUAUGUGGAUGACAUGAUUGCAAAAUCUCAUACAGAAAGGGAUCAUACUGUCAAUCUCAAGAAACUGUUCGAGAGAUUGCGGAAGUUCCAGCUCAAGUUGAAUCCUGCAAAAUGCACUUUCGGUGUAACUUCUGGAAAAUUGUUGGGGUUUAUAGUAAGUGAAAAAGGAAUUGAAGUGGACCCGGAUAAAAUACGAGCUAUUCAAGAGCUACCACCUCCCAAAACGCAAAAAGAAGUGAGAGGAUUUUUAGGGAGGUUGAAUUACAUUGCUCGAUUUAUAUCCCAACUCACCUGCAAAUGUGAUCCAAUCUUCAAGCUGCUUCGGAAACGAGACCCAGGAGAGUGGAAUGAAGAAUGUCAAAUAGCCUUUGAUAAAAUCAAAGAAUAUCUCACAAAUCCACCGGUGUUGAUGCCACCGACGGUCGGAAAACCUCUCAUUCUGUAUUUGACUGUGAACAAGAAUUCUAUGGGAUGUGUAUUGGGACAACAUGAUGAAACUGGGAAGAAAGAACGAGCCGUUUAUUACUUGAGCAAGAAAUUCAUGGAGUAUGAGUCCAAAUAUUCUACGCUCGAAAAGAUGUGUUGUGCGCUAGCAUGGACCGCCUAGAGGCUCCGACAGUAUAUGUUGUAUCACACAACAUGGUUGGUGGCGAAAUUAGAUCCCAUCAAGUAUAUAUUUGAAAAACACUGCCUGUCCGGAAGAAUAGCUCGAUGGCAAGUGCUAUUGUCUGAGUACGACAUUGUGUAUGUGUCCCAAAAAUCAAUCAAAGGGAGCGCCAUCGCCGAUUUCCUUGCAAAUCGAGCUAAUGAAGAUUAUGAAUCCGUAAGUUUCGAUUUUCCAGAUGAAGAUUUGAUGGCCGUUUUGCAUGUAGAAGAGGUUGGUCCCAAUGAACUUAAUCCAUGGAAGGUGUAUUUUGAUGGAGCAUCCAAUGCUUUGGGGCACGGAAUUGCAGUAUUGAUUUCUCCGAACGAAAAGUACUAUCCAGCCACGGCGAGAUUGAAUUUCAAUUGUACUAACAAUAUGGCGGAGUAUGAGGCGUUGGUAAUGGGAUUACAAGCAGCAAUUGAGAUGAAGGCUGACGCGAUAGAUGUUUACGGAGAUUCGGCUUUAGUGAUAUGCCAAAUGAAAGGUGAAUGGGAAACUAGAGAUCCUAAACUAGUUCCAUAUAAAAAGCUGGUUACAGAAUUAAGCAAACAGUUCAAAAAAAUCAGCUUCAACCAUUUGCCUCGAGAAGAGAAUCAGAUUGCUGAUGCUUUGGCCACCCUCGCAGCGAUGUUCAAAAUAAAAGAGGCGGCUGAUGUACGCCUUUUUGAUUUAGAAGUUCACGAAGUCUCCGCACACUGCUUGAAUGUUGAAGAAGAGGUUGAUGGUAAGCCGUGGUAUCAUGAUAUCAUGCAAUACAUCAAGCACUAG